CCCGCCCCUCUGCCCCGCCAGAAAGGAAACAAAGUGCUGCAGGCGGGAUAAUCGGCGGCGGCGCGGACUCUGCUCGGCUCUCCCGGUCAUCCUCGCCCCAUAUCGUCCCUAGUGUGUGCUUCUCCCCACGCCGGCCUCUACGCGAUCGCAGAUCGCCGGCUUGUGCCUUCCCUGCUCCGUGUCCCUGUGCUGCCCGCAACCUCCCCACUCUGCUCUCUCCGCCGAUCGCCCCGCCGCCCGCCAUGGCGACAGCGACCCCCCUGCCGCCGCGGACCGGCAGCCGCGCCGGCGGCCCCUCCACGCCGCUGAGCCCCACGCGGCUGUCGCGGCUGCAGGAGAAGGAGGAGCUGCGCGAGCUCAACGAUCGGCUGGCGGUGUACAUCGACAAGGUGCGCAGCCUGGAGACGGAGAACAGCGCGCUGCAGCUGCAGGUGACCGAGCGUGAGGAGGUGCGUGGCCGGGAACUCACCGGCCUCAAGGCGCUCUACGAGACCGAGCUGGCAGACGCGCGACGCGCGCUAGACGAUACGGCCCGCGAGCGCGCCAAGCUGCAGAUAGAGCUGGGCAAGUUCAAGGCCGAGCACGACCAACUGCUCCUCAAUUACGCGAAAAAAGAGUCCGAUCUCAGCGGAGCCCAGAUGAAACUUCGAGAAUAUGAAGCAGCACUGAACUCUAAAGAUGCAGCUCUGGCUACUGCACUUGGUGACAAAAAAAGUUUAGAGGGAGAAUUGGAGGACCUGAAGGAUCAGAUUGCCCAGUUGGAAGCCUCCUUAACUGCUGCCAAAAAACAGCUAGCAGAUGAAACUUUACUUAAAGUGGAUUUGGAGAAUCGCUGCCAGAGCCUGACUGAGGACUUAGAAUUUCGUAAAAGCAUGUAUGAGGAGGAGAUCAAUGAGACCAGAAGGAAGCAUGAAACUCGCUUGGUAGAGGUGGAUUCUGGGCGCCAGAUUGAGUAUGAGUACAAGCUGGCUCAGGCCCUUCAUGAGAUGCGAGAGCAACACGACGCCCAGGUCAAGCUGUACAAGGAGGAGAUGGAGCAGACUUACCACGCCAAACUCGAGAAUGCCAGGCUCUCAUCAGAGAUGAAUACUUCUACUGUCAACAGUGCCAGGGAAGAACUGAUGGAAAGUCGUAUGAGAAUUGAGAGCCUUUCAUCUCAGCUUUCUAAUCUACAGAAAGAGUCUAGAGCAUGUUUGGAGAGGAUUCAAGAGUUGGAGGACUUGCUUGCUAAAGAAAGAGACAACUCUCGGCGCAUGCUGUCUGACAAAGAGAGAGAGAUGGCGGAAAUAAGGGAUCAGAUGCAGCAACAGCUGAACGAUUAUGAGCAGCUUCUUGAUGUCAAGCUAGCCCUGGACAUGGAAAUCAGUGCUUACAGGAAGCUCUUAGAAGGAGAAGAAGAGAGAUUGAAGCUCUCUCCAAGCCCUUCUUCCCGGGUGACAGUGUCACGAGCAUCCUCCAGUCGCAGCGUGCGCACAACCAGAGGAAAGCGGAAGAGAGUUGAUGUGGAAGAAUCCGAGGCAAGCAGUAGCGUUAGCAUCGCGCAUUCCGCUUCGGCCACUGGGAACGUCUGCAUUGAAGAGAUCGACGUGGACGGGAAAUUCAUCCGCGUGAGGAACACUUCCGAACAGGAUCAACCAAUGGGAGGCUGGGAAAUGAUCAGAAAAAUUGGAGACACAUCAGUCACUUAUAAAUAUACCUCAAGAUAUGUGCUGAAGGCAGGCCAGACUGUUACAAUUUGGGCUGCAAAUGCUGGUGUCACAGCCAGUCCUCCCACGGACCUCAUCUGGAAGAACCAGAACUCUUGGGGCACUGGGGAAGAUGUGAAGGUUAUAUUGAAAAAUUCUCAGGGAGAGGAGGUUGCUCAGAGAAGUACAGUCUUCAAAACCACCAUACCUGAGGAGGAAGAAGAGGAGGAGGCAGCUGAAGUGGCUGUUGAGGAAGAACUUUUCCACCAGCAGGGAGCCCCGAGAAUGUCCAAUAGAAGCUGUGCAAUUAUGUAAACUUCUCAAGUCAACGGUCUUCCUCAAAAUAAAGAAGUAUGGUAAUCCUUACAUACAGUGCAGAGCCUUCUCAGAAGCACAGAAUAUUUUUAUAUUUCCUUUAUGUGAAUUUUUAAGCUGCGAAUCUGAUGGCCUUAAUUUCCUUUUUUGACACUGAAAGUUUUGUAAAAGAAACCAUAUCCAUAUACUGUGUUGCAAGAUGUGAAUUAUUGACAACGUGUACUGUUUGGAAAGGGUCCCUCAAAUUUUUUGACAUUUUUUUUGUAUGUGUGUUUUUUUUGUUUUUUGGGGCUUUUUUUUU